GGUUAGUUAUUCAGUAACUUAUUGGACAGUGGAAGUAGAAGGAUUUUCUGUGCCCAGACCGCGGGGACGGACCAACACCAACACAUAGGCGACAUGAUGCGUUUCCUCCGAGUGAUCCAAAAGUGGAUUUCUUGGAGGUGUGUGUUUCCGCUGGCAGCCCUUUCUCUGGGCAUGGUCGUUGUUUACGGUUGGAAGCCCACCCUCAGCGCCUUUUUCAGUCAUCAGAGUGUCAUCCCGACCGGCCAGGUACAGCUCCUGUAUGAAGAUGAUACGAGCAUCAUACCAGCUAACCAACAGUCGGAUGAAUCUGCGUGUUCUCUUCCGAACACCGUGAGGAAGCUGCACGGGUUCCCCCAGAUACGCUUUAACUUCUCCACGCCCGUCUUCCAGUGGGCAGGGAGCUUCACAGAGAAAGCCUAUCAGAGACUGAGGCUCCUUGCACCACCAUAUGGAUGGAUGGGGAUACCCCCGGCCUUGGUUCGCUCCACCCUGGGGCUCCUCAGCAGCCCCACCAGCGGCCAUCUUGUGGAGCGGCGGUCACCCGACCAGUGCUUGAGAUGUGCAGUGGUCGGUAACGGCGGGAUCCUGCGUGGUUCGGGUCAGGGGCGGGACAUCGAUGACCACGACCUAGUCUUCAGGGUGAACGGUGCCGUGAUCCAGGGGUUCGAGCGCGAUGUGGGGACCAAGACGUCCUUCUAUGGCUUCACCGUCAACACCAUGAAACACUCCCUGGUGCUGUACCACAGUGACGGCUUCACCAGAGUCCCUCAAGGCCCGGACACGCGUUACAUCUUCAUCCCGUCGAAUAUCCGGGACUACGUGAUGAUGGCGUCGGCCAUUCGGCGAGAAUAUGUCCCCACAGGUGUGGACUUCAGGGACAGACCCAAGACAUAUUUCGGCAACAGUUCCCGAGAACACUUCAGGAUGCUGCACCCUGAUUUUAUAUCCUACCUAACUGAACACUUCCUGAAGUCUCAUCAGCUGACCAAUAGCAAGAUGCGACACCUGUACAUGCCCAGCACUGGAGCUCUUAUGCUAUUUGCUGCCCUGCACACCUGUGACCAGGUGUCUGCGUAUGGCUUCAUCACAACGAACUACGCAGCGUUCUCCGACCACUACUACGACAGCGUCAUGACCCCGCUGCGUUUCUAUGCCAACCACGACCUCCGUAUGGAGGGCUUGCUGUGGGAGUUGCUACACCAUCAGAAGAUCAUCCAACUCUACACCAGGGAACACUGACACACAGACACACAGUGUGCUAAACUGCAGCCUCAACCAUCAACCAUCCGAAGAAAGUGUGUGUGCUGUGAGUGUGUGAGUGAGUGAGAGACAGAAGAAAGUCAAGCACAGUGAUAAGAGUCAAACUGAUUCUCCUUUAAAGAAAGCAGAAGUUCCAAAAAUCCGGGAUAUAGCAAAGACUAUCUUGUCAUUAUUUCACUGAUUAAUGAUUUUUUAUUUUUUUUAAUUAUGUAUGUUCUAUCUAACAUGUAAUUGCCUGCCGAUUAAAUGUGUGUCAG